GCUGGACGGCGCCAGCGGUUCCUAAAAAGCAGCGGCGACCCCUCGUUCUCGAGCGAUGGCUCUGCGGGAGCUGAAAGUUUGCCUCCUUGGGGACACAGGUGUGGGAAAAUCAAGCAUUGUAUGGCGCUUUGUAGAAGACAGCUUUGAUCCGAACAUCAAUCCAACUAUUGGAGCAUCUUUUAUGACCAAGACAGUACAGUAUCAGAAUGAAUUACAUAAAUUCCUAAUAUGGGAUACAGCAGGACAAGAACGAUUCCGUGCUCUGGCUCCAAUGUACUAUCGCGGGUCUGCAGCAGCUAUUAUAGUCUAUGAUAUUACAAAAGAGGAAACAUUUUCAACAUUAAAAAACUGGGUAAAAGAACUUCGCCAGCAUGGACCUCCCAAUAUUGUUGUAGCAAUUGCUGGAAAUAAGUGUGAUCUUAAUGAUGUAAGAGAAGUUAUCGAAAAAGAUGCUAAAGACUAUGCAGAUUCCAUCCACGCAAUAUUUGUAGAGACUAGUGCAAAAAAUGCAAUAAACAUAAAUGAACUGUUUAUAGAAAUAAGUCGUAGAAUUCCAUCAACAGACGCCAACCCUCCAUCUAGUGGUAAGGGCUUCAAACUUAGGAGACAGCCUUCUGUGACAAAACGCAGCUGUUGUUGAUACUGCGACCACCAAGCUAGCUUUUAUAAAGUAUUUGGCCUUAGACAUUAAGGGUUUAUUUUCAGUAUCUCUUACUGGUAUUGGAUUCUGAUCUCUCUGAUAUUCGAAGACCCCAAAAUGGACCAUUUCUGGCAUACUAACAUACAUUCUGGGAGGGUCUGCAUUGAUCAUACUAUCAGACUGUUUCCAUGUAUGCAGUGUACAGACUAUCUCUUACAGUCAAAGGGAAUCACCUUUCAUUUCUGUUUCAACCUUUGAAGAGGAGAAUCCAAUGUACAGAUUAUAAGCCUUGUUAUUUCAUAGUUUUGUAGAAAAACAUUGCCAUGCUUUUGUAAAGGGGGGGAGGGAAACUAGCACUUUUUAUGGAUUUUGGAGGGAGUGGGCAAGCCCUAUGGAAAGAUAAGUUAGUCCUCAUUUUAGUGCCAUUCUGCACUCCUUGUUGCUGUUCCUAUAAGCCUUACUGUUUUCAUUGUUGCUUCUCCAAAGGCAGAAAGAACAGAUGAUUGAUAAAUGGCUACCAGAAUAAUGAUGCUGAUAAGAGUGACCAAAUCAGCCCAUUCAGUCCCCAAUCUUAAAUUGCACUUUUUUAUUUUCUGAUAAUAUUAUAGAAAUACAAAUAAGAUGUUUGCUUUUAAGCAAAAAAAAAAGUAGGGAAAGCGUAGCCGUAGACAAUCUUAGCUCAUUAUGUAUAAUUAUUUUAUAGUUAAAUAGACAUAGACUCUUCUUAACAGACUUCCAAUUAAGAUACUAGUAAGGAGCUUAGAUGAAAUGGAUGAAAAUAAUUUGACCACAACUGACAGGUAUCAGUUGCUGUCAGUAGCCUGUAGAGCAAGCAUGUUAGUUAGGUGGGAAAUGUUUUUAAUUGCUUAGCAUAAAGCAUUUUUAUACUUAUUUAUGAACCCAGUAUCUGAAGUAAUAUAAAUUAUGAAAGUACCAUUGCUAAAGGUCAGGUUCUUGUUUAUCUCCCUCUCUCAUCCAUGAGGCGGAUUGUGAAAGAAAGUCCUACAAACAAUUGCUGGGAAUCCCAGCCUAAGAGCAUGAGGCCUUCAGUCAGUUGGCAUCCUCUAGUAUAAUACUGGAAAACAUUUCCUUCACUAUCCAGUAGAGGUUGCUGCUAGUGUACUUUGAGGCUUUCUUCUGGAACAAAUCACUUUACAGAAUAAUCCAGAAAUGGAAUUCAGAGCUGUCUGGGGCAGUGUUGAUGGGUGCUUCCAUACGGUUGAACUCAUCCUGAAGACUAACUCUUUUUAGAGCCUGCUUUUAAACAGACUAGUUCUUAGCUUUGGUUGUGCUUUUCAUUUAUUUUAAACUAUAAAGUAAUCUUGCCCCAUCAUAUUAUUUCUCAUUAUUUAUUUCUGUUGCAAACUGUCAGAGCAAACAUGUACAUGUUUUUCCUCUUUAGAAUAUAAGCAGGUAAACUCACAGUGUGUAAAGGAAGCUAUAAGGCUUUGAUAUUUCCUGUUCACAGAACAUGUCAGUGGUGGCUUGCUUUUAAUUCACUGCUUAAAAGGGAAUUUCAAAGGUUGCAUUGGAAAUAAAGAGUUUAGGCUUUUACAUCCUAUACCAUAUAAUUCAGCAUUACCCUUAGUACAAGGAAAUUAUUACAGUUAACCAAUGCAAUUGGAAUUAUUGAGUCAGAAUAAACUUAAGCCCAGCUCUUCUCUAAAGAGUUCAAAGUUCUAAUUUUACAGUAUGUUGUCAUAUGUUACAUCAGAAGUCUCUCUGAAAAGAAAAAGCAAAUUGUGGAGUAUUUGGCACUCCUUCUAGCCAAACUAUGAAUCUGUGUAUUAAUAAUGUAUUGUGCAUUCCAUAUCUUGGCUAGUUUAUGUCAUUAGUUUGCUCUAAGUUUUGAUUUCAAGAAUCAGCUGAAGAUAUUUAUGUAACCUAGUCCAAAAAGCCAUAUGCUGGCAAAAAGUAUUUAGAAUUAUAGCCUGGAGAGGUUGGCAUUACAAGACACCCCAAUAGCUUUGAUUUUUCAGUGUUUUGUCAAAGAUACUAUUGUUUGUCCAGCACUGCAUAUGGAACUGAAUGUGUGAAAGAAAGUGUGCCAGGGAUGUACUUACUGGGUGUUUUCAAGGCAGUUUGCUCAGCACAGUAAACUGAAGUCAGAAUAAGGAUCAUUUCCAACAGUUUUAUUAGGCUUCAGCAAGACCUAGCAGUCGGUUCCUUCUGAUGCUAGCAUUCUACCAUGCCUGAGAAGCUCCCACCAAAAUUCUGUGCUGUUUCAUAGACCUUUGAAAUUUGACUAGGAACUUCCAUGGGGUAAGGAAAGCAAAAAUCUCUGGUAAACACAUAUAGGACCUUGAGUGCUUAAAAGGAAUUGUUAGAUUUAACCUAAUAUUAGUUAAAAACCCUCUAAUGAAUUGGAGAUGAUCAGCAGGCUGCUUCUGUAACUACAUAUAGAUAAAUCAUUGUCCUCCAGUGCAGCCUUGUAUAAAUGUAGUAUUGGAAUGCCAGUGCCUAAUACAUAUGCUUAUCCAAACUGAUGGUUAUUAAAACUUUUUCUUCUUCACAUGGCUAUUUUCUAAUCACUACUCUGUUUCUUGGUGCUACUUUAUUUGUUAGUCUAAACAAGUGUUAAAAAUAGUAAAUGCCAUACAUAAAGAAAAGAGCGGUCAAGCAGGAAGCUUUUUUUUGGAGAAUAUCACUCAUGUCUGUAGCAGCCAACUUUAUCCCUGCACGAUAGUAGCACCUUGCCACUAUUUAUGGCUUUCAUAGUUCACUUAUGCCAUUGUGAUAUCAGUUAAACUACCUUCUUGCAAUUACCUAUAAUUAGAGAGUUUUUUAUUUCACCUUCUCGGCAAACAGAAUAUUUUAACAUACCACCAGUUGCAUCUUUUGAAGCUGCUACUAUAGUGUUCCCUUGUAUUACCAUGUGGCUAUGCAGAGUGACAUUUCAAGUGCAAGCUGUGGCCUUGGCUGUAUUUCAAAAACUUCUCUUCCUGUCCUAAGCAUCAGGUCCACUGCCAAUGUGUUAGUCUGCCUUAGAGUUCAUUGGAUAUACUUAAUCAAAUAUUUGUAUUGAGAUAAUUUAAAUCUAAAUCCCAGCUGAUUACUGGGAAAUGGGGGUUGUUUGCAGUACCUCAGUCCUGUCUGCUUAUCUCUUCUUGCGCAAAUUAAUAUGAAUUUUGAGCUUCAGCAUAUCUCCUGUAAACAUCUGGGAAUCUUUAGGUUCCCACUUACUGCAGUUAAAUUGUAUCACUUGAGUUACUUGUAUAGAAUAAAACUUCUACCACCCAAUCUUGCAUUUAUCUUAGAUCUCCUCCAUAGGGUUUUUCCUAGGUGGGGGAUAUCUGGUGUAUAUUCUCCUUAUGUAGAGUUAUAGCAUCCACAAAGAAGUCUGGAGUAUGUACUCUUGUUUAUUGUAUGUUGCAAUGUAUUAGUUUCAUGCAGUAGCACAAAUCUUGCAAGAAUUAAUAGAAAGGCAUCUGGUAAAAUGAUCUUGCUCUUGCCACUCAGCAUCCAGCUUAUUCCAGUAUAAACUAAAAGCUGAAGAUUAGAUUUCAAUUAGCUAUGGGAUACUGAAAUGGGGCAUAUAAAUCCAUGUGAAACCACAUAUAAUGCAAGCAAAUAACUUGCAAUAAAUAGCCUACUUGACAUCUUCUCAAAAGACCAAUUAAUUUGAUGAGACUUAUUCCAGGUAAGUGCACAUAAGAUUGUACAUUUGAUGUGCAUGUACUUUAAAUAGUGAGCCCAAAGAUUUCUCCCAAUAUUAAUCAAGUAUCAUUCCACAUUUGUAAGAAUUAUGGUUUGGACACUAAAGUAAAAUAACAGUUGGAAAUUUAUGUGGGGAACUUGCUAUUUGGUGAUGUAUCUAAAAUAUGCUAGCCACCAUACAUAAAUUUUUAAAAAUGUAAUGUCUUAAUAUGUAAAAACCAAUGGAUGAAGAAAAAAUGUAGUUUUUAUCUCAUUUUAAAUAAUGAUUUAAGAGAUAAAGUAGGUAUCUCUGCUGAAAAUAACCUUUUGGUGGUGUCAGAUCUCUAUUGCUACAGGCAGGACUAAAAAAGGCAAACAAGCAAGAGAGAGACUGGAGACAUUUAUUAGAGAAAAUAAUAAAGGUGACAGUAUAAGAUUUCUGACCCUUACUUUUGCUUUCAAAUGUGAACCCCAUAUAUAUACAUACAUGCGUACGUACGUACGUACGUACGUAUGUAUGUAUGCAGUUCAAAGGAGUUAGCUUCUAGCUUUUUCCUGUACCCUCAGUGAAGAGGAAGGAGGCCUCCUGCUUUGGGGAAUGUGUACCAGCUGCUGGCCUCCAGACCACUGUGAUGAUCUACUCUUGCAGGUAGUUAGAUUCUAAAGAGCAAAGGCUGAAAGGAACCUCUUUCAUAGUUAAACACAGCAUUAUCUAGUUAUUUAAGUAUAUGGCAGAGUUACUUUUGAAAGUAUAUCCAAAAUGAUAAAACACAGCCAUAAGAGUGCCAAUGGGAGCCUGAGUCUGUCAGAGAUAUUCCAAACUCCAUCUGUCAAGAUUUAGCUUUCAGAUUAUCAUACAUACACAUACCUUUCAGGCUGCAAUCCUAUACAGUGGUACCUCUAGUUAUGAACUUAAUCUGUUCUGUGACUC